AUGGCCAUCGUCUCCAAUCCCGUUGACCUCGUCAUCUUCUCUCUCGGACAGAUCCUCAUUGCGUCCGCCGCUCUAGGUUUCACAGCCCCCGGCUCGUCCCGCCGCCAUGUGGUGAUUCCGAUCCUCGUUACCUUUACCUUGUGCUAUGGUACCAUCGCCUCGUACACGAUCCCGCAGCCGUUCGCCGCAAUCUCGAGCAUGACCCUGUGCUGCUGCUGCCUCAAUUACCUCUCGAUGGCAUUUUUGAGCUCCUGGAGCUUCGAAGCCAAAGGGCCGUCUGCACGGCUCGCCAAGAAGGCCAAGGCGGAAUCUCCCCAGAGCGAAGCACGUGGAAAGGGAACCGGGGAGAUGGAAGCAACGGUCCUGGACCGCUUAGCAUGGGGAUUCAAGAGCAUAAUGUCGUUUAGAGAUGUCAAUACCCCGUUCGAGGUGAAAAAUGUACCGCAUUUCGUACCCGAGGACCCGAGCUACGUGCCAACCAAACCAGCGUUCUUUGUCCGCUCAGCGAUCAUUUUAGCCGCUUGUUACCUGAUCAUAGACCUCAUUGAAAGCCGGCCUCCUCCUUCCGAUGCUGCCGAGAUAUUCUCUGCGGACAAGCUUCAACUCUGGAAGCGCCGUGGCGAGGUCACGGUGCAAGAGGUCAUCGUGAGGACUGCGGCAUCUGCGGGCUUCUGGGUCCUGCUGCGCUGCGCAAUCAUGGGUGGCGCAUCAGCCAUCAACAUGGUUCUUGUUGCACUGAACUCGGUUCCAGUGGAGUCGUGCCGUCCGAUCAUGGGGCCAAUCUCCGAAGCCUACACUCUCCGAGGAUUCUGGGGGAAAUUCUGGACGCAGAUACCCCGCAAGAUCAUUGCCGAGCCGGCCAACUACAUCUGCGACGAGCUCUUCAUCUUCAAGAAAGGCACGCCGCCGAGCACGUACGCCAAGAUAUUCGUGACGUUCUUUGCCGCCGGCUUCCUGCUCCGGAUCGGCGAUGUCGCCGUCGGCAUCCCGCUGGAGGACUCCAGAGCCUUGCAGUUCUUCUGCCUACAGGCCGCCGGUAUCAUGUUCGAGGACGCCGUCCAGUACAUCUACCGCUCGGUCACUGGAGCGAAGUUCGGCGCGCCGCCGAGGCUGUGGACGAGGGGACUGGGCUACAUCUGGGUCGUCUUCUUCCUGCUGUUCUUGACGACGCCCUGGUGGGCCUUCCCUGCUUUCCGGAUGAUCCUGGCAUUCCCGGACCGCGUGCUCAUCCCGCACGGAAUCAGCAUCUUCAAGGAGAAUCCAACCACGUAG